AUGGCCUUAGGCAUUUGCUAUGCCAUGCUGGGUCCCACACUUCUAGAUCUCACGGAGCGUUUGCAGUGCUCCGCAACCAUGGCCUCGUUGCUCUUCUCGGCACGUGCAGCUGGCUACUUGCUGGGAUCGACCCUCGGGGGACCCAUGGUGGACAGGUCCUCCAAUCCUGCCAUGUUGCUACUGUGGGGUACGGUUGGCAGUGCCCUUGGGGCUCUUUGCGUGCCGUUCCUUCACAGCUUGAGCUUGGCAUAUCUCUCACAAUCCUUGCAGGGCAUCAGCAUGGGCUUGUUGGACACCGGCGGCAACGUCCUAAUGCUCACAGUCUGGCGGGGCAGCAAACAUGUCAAUGGCGCCGUGCACGGUUUCCACUUCCUCUUCGGCCUGGGCGCCUUCAUCGCGCCCCUUUGCGUCGGCCUGGUUCUGCGCUGCGGCGGCGACGACGCAGUGCAGGCCUGGUGGGUGCCUGUGGCCACCUAUGUGCCCGCGUGCCUCUGUUUAUUUUUGCUCAGCUUUCAGAAGCAGCCGAAGACCGGUGCAGACGACACAGAGGUGCCGUGA